CGUUGCUGUCAUGUGAUUCAAGUUAAAGACAGCAAGCGUAGUCUAGCCGACAACAAGCAUCACGCGUGUACUGUCGUGAUUAUUUUUAUUGUCAUGCCGGGAUAAUAACCGUGCUGUUGGGGACCUCUAAGUAGGUUUCAACUACAGUCGAAGCGAAUUUAUUGUCGGAUAAGACGAUGGCGGGAGUGAUGGAAGAGAGCAGACAACCAAGUGAGGAAUUCACAGAUGAAUCCGAGGAGGAGGACAGCGAGGAGGAGCCCAAGCUGAAAUAUGAACGGCUGUCCAACGGCGUGACGGAAAUCCUCCAGAGCGACGCCGCCAGCUGCAUGACCGUCCACGACAAGUUUCUUGCUCUGGGGACACAUUUUGGGAAGGUUUUCCUUUUGGACAUCCAAGGAAAUGUCACCCAGAAGUUUGAAAUUAGUUCGGUAAAGAUCAACCAGAUCAGCCUGGACGAGAGCGGCGAGCACGUGGGCAUCUGCUCCGAGGACGGCAAGGUGCAAGUGUUUGGCCUCUACACAAGAGAAGGCUUCCACGAGAACUUUGAUUGUCCCAUCAAAGUGGUGGCGUUACAUCCGCAAUUCUCCAGAUCCAACUACAAGCAGUUUGUCACCGGCGGCAACAAGCUUCUUUUGUACGAGCGGAACUGGAUGAACCGCUGGAAGAUGUCGCUCCUGCACGAAGGUGAGGGCAGCAUCACCAACGUGCAGUGGAGAAGCAACCUCAUCGCUUGGGCCAACAACGUGGGCGUCAAGAUCUACGACAUCAGCACCAAGCAGCGCAUCACCAACGUUCUACGCGACAACGUUAGCCUGAGGCCCGACAUGUACCCGUGUAGUCUGUGUUGGAAAGAUAACACCACCCUCAUCGUGGGCUGGGGAACCUCCAUCAAGAUUUGUGCCGUAAAGGAGCGACAUCCUACAGAAAUGAGGGACCUGCCCAGUCGUUACGUGGAAAUAGUUUCCGCCUUUGAGACGGAGUUCUUCAUCAGCGGGCUGGCGCCGCUGGCCGAUCAGCUGGUCACCUUAUUCUUUGUGAAGGAGAACGCCGAGCACGUGGACGCCGAGUUCCUGGCGCGGCCUCGUCUUGACAUCAUCCAGCCUCUGCCCGAGUCGUGCGAGGAGAUCUCGUCAGACGCCCUGACCGUGCGCAACUAUCAGGAGAACGAGUGUCGCGACUACCGUCUUGAGCAUUCGGAGGGAGAGUCGCUCUUCUACAUCGUCAGCCCCAAAGAUGUGGUGGUGGCCAAGGAGCGUGACCAGGACGAUCACAUCGACUGGCUGUUGGACAAGAAGAAGUAUGAGGAGGCGCUGAUGGCGGCCGAGAUCAGCUUCAAGAACAUCAAGAGGCACGACGUGCAGAAGAUCGGCAUGGCCUACAUCAACCACCUGCUAGAGAAGGGGGACUACGACGGCGCCGCAAGGAAGUGCCAAAAGAUUCUGGGGAAAAACAUGGAACUGUGGGAAAACGAGGUGUACAGAUUCAAGACCAUCGGGCAACUGAAGGCCAUCAGCCAGUAUUUACCCAGAGGAGACUUGCGUCUUCGCCCGGCCAUCUACGAAAUGAUUUUGCACGAAUUCCUCAAAACAGACUAUGAGGGUUUCGCCACGCUAAUCCGGGAGUGGCCGGGAGAGCUUUACAACAACAUGGCCAUUGUGCAAGCCGUCACCGACCACCUGAGCAAGAACCCCAUGAACCCCACCCUGCUCACCACACUGGCCGAACUCUACACAUAUGACCAGCGCUAUGACCGUGCGCUGGAGAUCUACCUGCGUCUUCGCCACAAAGACGUUUACCAGCUCAUCCACAAGCACAAUCUCUUCUCCUCCAUCGAGGACAAGAUUGUGCUCCUCAUGGACUUCGACAAAGAGAAAGCCGUGGACAUGCUUCUGGACAAUGAAGACAAAAUAUCAAUCGACAGGGUGGUGGAGGAAUUGGCAGACAGGCCUGAGCUUCUUCAUGUGUACCUCCACAAACUGUUCAAGCGGGACCACCACAAAGGCCAGAGGUACCACGAGAAGCAGAUCGGCCUGUACGCUGAAUUCGACCGACCCAAUCUGCUGCCCUUCCUGAGGGACAGCACACACUGUCCACUGGAGAAGGCUCUGGAAGUUUGCCAGCAGAGACACUUUGUGGAGGAGACCGUCUUCCUGCUCAGCCGGAUGGGGAACUGCAGACGGGCACUGCAGAUGAUCAUGAAGGAGCUGGGGGACGUGGACAAGGCCAUCGAGUUCGCCAAGGAGCAGGACGACGCUGAGCUGUGGGAGGAUCUCAUCACCUACUCCAUUGACAAGCCGCCGUUCAUCACAGGACUGCUGAACAACAUCGGCACGCACGUGGACCCCAUUCUGCUGAUCCAUCGCAUCAAGGAAGGCAUGGAGAUCCCCAACCUCAGGGAUUCCCUGGUCAAGAUUCUCCAUGACUACAACUUGCAGAUUAUGCUUCGCGAAGGAUGUAAGAAGAUCCUGGUGGCCGACUCUCUGUCACUGCUUCAGAAGAUGCAUCGCACGCAGAGCAGAGGCAUCGCGGUGGACGAGGAGAGCAUUUGUGAAUCGUGCCAUGUGACAAUUUUACCCUCAGACAUGGCCAAAGCUUUUAGCGUGGUGGUGUUCCAUUGCAGACACAUGUUUCACAAGGAAUGUUUACCAUCCACGGGAACGACUCCCGGAGUGCAGUUUUGCAACAUCUGCAGUGCAAAGAGGCGUGGGCCAGGAAGCGGCAUCCUGGAAAUGAAAAAAUAACUUAUUUAAAAAGAACACAACCGAAAAUGCUAUUCAAAUCUGUGGACACCUUCUACUUGCUGGUAAUGUAAUUGGCCGACCAAGAAAUAAAAUCCUAAUCUCAAAACGA